UGGGAGAGGCAGGGGAUGCGUCAGUGUCCCGGAGCUGGCAGAGGUGUGAAUGAGCAGCGAAGACGCGCGCGCCGCUCUGCGCACUCAUCCUGGGAUGGCCUCGGCUCGUGGACCUGGGGCCCGCUCCUCCCCAGAGCAGGGGCCUUCAUGUUCCCGUAUUUCAUCAUGCUCGUGUUCUGCGGGAUCCCCCUCUUCUUCAUGGAGCUCUCCUUCGGCCAGUUCGCAAGUCAGGGCUGCCUGGGGGUCUGGAAGAUCAGCCCCAUGUUCAAAGGGGUGGGCUACGGCAUGACGGUGGUGUCCGCGUACAUCGGCAUCUACUAUAACGUGGUCAUCUGCAUCGCCUUCUAUUACUUCUUCUCGUCCAUGACGCACGUGCUGCCCUGGGCCUACUGCAAUAACCCCUGGAACACGCCCGACUGCGCUGGGGUGCUGGACGCCUCCAACCUCACCAACGGCUCCCGGCCCACCGCCCUGGCCGGCAACCUCUCCCACCUGCUCAACUACUCCCUCCAGAGGACCAGCCCCAGCGAGGAGUACUGGAGGCUCUACGUGCUGAAGCUCUCAGAUGACAUCGGGAACUUUGGGGAGGUGCGACUCCCCGGGCAGGGAGCGCCGGGAGGAGUCCGACGACGGAGCCCGUCUCGUGCGUAGGUGGUGUACAUCACAGCCACCUUCCCCUACGUGGUGCUGACCAUCCUGUUCGUCCGAGGUGUGACCCUGGAGGGGGCCUUCACGGGCAUCGCGUACUACCUGACGCCGCAGUGGGACAAGAUCCUGGAGGCCAAGGUGUGGGGCGAUGCCGCCUCCCAGAUAUUCUACUCGCUGGGCUGCGCGUGGGGCGGCCUCAUCACCAUGGCUUCCUACAACAAGUUCCACAACAACUGCUACCGGGACAGCAUCAUCAUCAGCGUCACCAACUGUGCCACCAGCGUGUACGCCGGCUUCGUCAUCUUCUCCAUCCUGGGCUUCAUGGCCAGUCACCUGGGUGUGGACGUGUCCCGCGUGGCUGACCACGGCCCUGGCCUCGCCUUCGUGGCUUACCCCGAGGCCCUCACGCUGCUGCCCAUCUCCCCGCUCUGGUCUCUGCUCUUCUUCUUCAUGCUCAUCUUGCUGGGGCUGGGCACUCAGUUCUGCCUCCUAGAGACGCUCGUCACAGCCAUUGUGGACGAGGUGGGAAAUGAGUGGAUCCUGCAGAAAAAGACCUACGUGACCUUGGGCGUGGCCGUGGCUGGCUUCCUGCUGGGCAUCCCCCUCACCAGCCAGGCAGGCAUCUACUGGCUGCUGUUAAUGGACAACUACGCGGCCAGCUUCUCCUUGGUCAUCAUCUCCUGCAGCAUGUGUGUGUCCAUCAUGUACAUCUAUGGGCACCGGAAGUACUUCCAGGACAUCCAGAUGAUGCUGGGGUUCCCACCGCCCCUCUUCUUCCAGAUCUGCUGGCGCUUUGUCUCUCCAGCCAUCAUCUUCUUCAUUCUCGUCUUCACGGUGAUUCAGUACCAGCCAAUAACCUACAACCACUACCAGUAUCCAGGCUGGGCUGUGGCCAUCGGCUUCCUAAUGGCUCUGUCCUCCGUCAUUUGCAUCCCUCUGUAUGCCCUGUUCCAGCUCUGCCGCACAGAUGGGGACACCCUCCUCCAGCGUUUGAAAAAUGCGACGAAGCCAAGCAGAGACUGGGGCCCUGCCCUCCUGGAGCACCAGACUGGGCGCUAUGCCCCCACCCUCCCACCCUCUCCUGAAGACGGGCUUGAGGUCCAGCCGCUGCACCCGGACAAGGCCCAGAUCCCCACAGUGGGCAGUAACGGCUCUAGCCGUCUGCAGGACUCUCGGAUAUGAGCACGGCCGCCAGGGGAGGGCCCAUCAAGGGCCCCACCCCCGCCCGUGCUCCCACCACAGAGACUGGGGAGGCAGGGGAUGGGUGUCACCACCUGCCCCUGCCAUGCCCUGGCCAGGGUGGCUGCUGUCACCUUGGUCACUACUGGUAGCGUCAUUUGUGCCCGUGUCCCCGGUGUUUACAGGUCCUUUGGAUGCCAAGAUGGCAGCUGGGGAUGGGUGUGGGUGAUGGGAGGGUUGCCGGGGGGUUGCCCAAAGCACUUUGGAGGGGGUCUCAGGCCAUGUCCCCAGAGAUCUGCUGGGCUUUACAUGGCCUCUGACGCGCCCGCACUCUGCCUUGAGCUGCAGUUCUAGGUGGGCCCCCUACCUGUCCCCCUCCUUGGGCCUCCAGCCUCCUGAGCAGUGUUCUUGCCCUCAGAGCAGACCCCAGCCUCUGCCCAGGCAAAUUUGGGUCUUCCUAUCCAGGGGCAGGGUGAGGGGCUAAGGGGCUGUACAGUGUUACUUGUCAGGCUGUGCCGCCCAGCCCUGUUUGUCUGUGUAAUUAUUUUUGUAAAAAUCGUAUUAUCUGUGGUUGCCACUCCCGUGCCCCCAGCCUCGGGCCCCCUCUGUCUUCCAGCCCUGCCUGCCCCUCACUCGGCUGCUCUGGGGCCGCUGCACCUCAUCCCAGCCCCGGCUGUGAGGCCCAGCCAGCAGAGGCCCACGACCCAGCAGCCUGCCCAAAGCACUAGUUCCUGGGGGUCGGGGUGGGGUGCUGCUGAGCACGAGGUUCGAGCCCAGAGCCCUGGGGAAGGGGACCUUCCACGAAACCCCCUUGCCCUCCCUCCACCAGGCGAAAGGCCCAGUCUUCCCAAACUGGGCUGCCCUUGUUCAUGUGCCAAAUGGCCCCGGCCCGCAUGCCCCAUCCCCUCUCCGGAGCCGGAGCUCCUUCCCCCCAGCCCCACAGUGUCCGUGUGUCCGUCCUCUCUGUCCCUCUGUGCAGUGCCAGCCCCGGAAGAGCCGCCUCUAACCCUCUGUAGCAAUAACGGUGCACCACCCACCCCUCCCCAUCUGUGCACCACUAGGAUUUUAAAGUCCAUAGAUUUUAAUGAAAUUUCUAUUCCUGUCUCUGA